AUGAAGCACCUCAUCCUCCUCGGGGCCAUCCCGCGCUUCCCCGAAGAGGACGCAAAAUUGCGGGCGACAAGCCUGCGCGUUCGGCGAGGAGGCAAUUGCCCCAACACGAUCGAAGUUUUGCAGCAGCUGCUCAGAAACCCGCCAGGCGGCGGCGACGAGUCUUCACCUCAGGAUGAGGUGCCGCAGAUGCACCUCGUCUCACCCCUGCCGGAGCGCCAGUCGCAGGCAACAGCGAACAUCAUCGCCUCACUAACGCCGACGUCACCAUCGUCAGGCCGGGAGCCCUCGCCCUCCUCGUCAGCCGUCAACUUUGACCACUCUCUCUUCCGCGCGAGCCACCAGGUGCCGGCGAGCUGCUACAUCCUCCGCAGUGAGGCGACGGGCAGCCGGACAAUCGUAAACCACAAUGACCUCCCCGAGAUGACGGCCGCCGAGUUCCUGAUCGUCGCAGAGGCGUUCCGGGGCCGUGGAGAGAAGACGUGGUGGCACUUUGAGGGGCGGAUCCCGGAAACGACGCUCGAGUGUGUCCGAUCGUUAAGACGCGUGCUGGGCGCGAGUGCGACGGUAAGUGUCGAGGUCGAGAAGCCCGGGAGACCUGGGCUCAGGGAACUCGCCGCGGAAGCGGACGUCGUCUUUUACUCCAAGAGCUGGGCCGAGCACUGCGGCUACACAUCUGCUGAGGCUUGCUUGAGAGGGGAGAGCCAGCCGCGAGCCUCUCUGGCUAUGAUCACGUGGGGGGCCGAGGGGGCAUCGUGCCUAUCGCUGCAAGAUCAACGUUACGUCGAGCGUCCGGUCGAGCACCCAGUCCAGCAUGUGGUUGACUCGGUAGGUGCUGGAGACACGUUCGUUGCAGGCAUGCUUUACGGACUCAUUUGCCGGGAGCGUUGGGAGCUGGGAGAGAAGCUCGGCUUCGCGGUCGACCUGGCCACUCUCAAAGUCCAGCGCGAGGGGUUCAGUGGGCUGGGAGACGAUAUGCAAAGUCGUGCUAGCGGUGGGUCGUCCGUAUCGGAUCAGGCCAGGCAAUGA